AUGAACCAGUCGUUGAUGCUGUCUUUAUAUCAACCACGACGAAUGAUAAUCAUCUUAAAUACAAUUCGACUCCCAGCCGUGGAUUGGUCACCGGGUAUCUUGCUAGCCCACCAUUUCAUUGAACCAACACCUACAUCGCCUAUGAAUAAUGAUGAUUGCAUUCUUCCCAAUGAUACAUCACCCAAUUCGGUCAGCGAGGUGAUGGCAACUUGGGGCUUGCGUCGGCUGUGGACGGGUGUUGCAUGGAAAGGGUCGGCUGGGCGCGGGUAUCUCGAAAUAGCCGGCGUGCAGAUGACCCUGGGUAAAACAUCCGCCACAAUGACGAUGAAGCUUAUCACGGCUUCAUUCGCUUUAAUUAAUGGCACUAUACCGUUUUCAUUCUUCAUCGAUAUACAUAAUCUGGUCCUACAUAAUAUCCGCAGUACAACACCUGAGAUAUACAAUCCCUUGUAUCAAGUCCUCCUGCUACACUUACUCACGACCAAAAUCAAACCAUCCUAUCUACAUCUAUACUUCAUCAAAUCACACAAACCAAUUACCUCCAAUCAACAGAACCCCAAAGAAAAAAAAAAAAAGAAAAAGAAAAUGGACUCAAUAACAAUCUCUCCCACAAAACCAAACCUAACAACCAACGACUCAGCCGUCCUCCAAGCCCUCUUCGACGCCGAAUCCUCCCCUUCAAAUGGCAUCACAAUCAACCCAUCUCUACCCCCCUUCCCAGCUCACCUAAACAUCGACCCCACGCUCCACGAAACCCUCAAGGCCCGCGAAAUAACCAUCGUCCGCACCCUGGCAUCACCCAACCCGACCCCCGAAACCAUCCAAUCCGCCAUUGACCAGCUCUCCACCCUGAUAACAGAACACCCAACCUACCCACCCGCCUACGUGAACAGAGCCCAAGCCCUCCGCAUGCUCAUCUCCACCCACAAUGGCGGCCAAGCAGAAGAAACAGAAACAGACCUCUUCACUCCACAAAACGCAGAGACCGUAUCCUCUCUCCUGUCUGAUCUGGGCGAAGCGAUUGGUCUUGCCACGCCGCGGUCACCGGCGGAUCCUGUCUCAGAGGUCCAGGCGCGUUUACUGGCUGAUGCGCAUACGCACCGGGGGUAUUUGUUGCUGAGGUUGGCGAAGGUGAAGAAGAGUGGUGAAGCGUUCGAGGGGACGGGAAGAUGGAGCCAGUUGGAUGCGGAUCGGUUGGAGGAGAUGGCGAGUCGGGACUUUUUCUUUGGAGGACGGUUUGGGAACAAAGUUGCUCAGCAGUUGGCUGUGCAGACGAAUCCUUAUGCGAAGAUGUGUGGGGCUAUUGUUAAGGAAGCGUUGAGGAAGGAGGUUGAGGGGUGA